AUGCAUUCGCUAUUGAUCACCUCUUUGUUUUUCUUUUCUGGCGUAUUUGCGCUCUCUGAGCCUCCUUUGAUCGAGACGGGAAACGGUAUUAAAGAUGGCGGGAACAGCAGCAUCAUGAUCAUCAUCAGCAGCAACAGCACCAUCAACGGCACCCAAACCAGUACCCAAACCGCCACCAGCAACAGCAUCAACAUCAGCACCAGCACCAGCACCAGCACCACUGUUCCCAGCACUGCCAUCAACAACCCCAGCACCGCCACCAGUGACAGCCCCAAACCUGAUCCCAGUGACAUCUUCCGGCCCCCGAACCCAGAACUCUUCAAGCCACCCGGACCCGACGAGACGUGCAGGACCCCGACCGGCGGGCUGCUCAGCCCGGGCGUCCAUUGCUACUGCGAAGGGCACACCGCCUACAACAACAUGGUCGACAUGGCCAUCGACGAGGCCUGCGACAGCUGGCACAACAUAACGCUGUACCGCAGCGAGCAGAUCACUUACGUCAAGCGGCUGAGCAGCUUCAAGCCCGUGUACCUGUGGAUGGUCAACAACUGCGUCAGGGAGCGGAGGGAGGCCGUCGUCGACGGGGAGAAGUGCAAGCAGGCGAUGCAGGUGGUCAGGAAAAAGUGCCAGUGGCCCUUUUGGAACCAGAGGGGAGGGCACGUCACGAUGAAUCUUGAUUAUGAGAUUGGGCAGGAGCCGGACAAAUGUAUCAUGGCUAGGUUUGACAUCGAGGCUCUGUGA